CAGCAGAUACCUGCUGUGCCUCUGCUAGCUGCUGCACUUGUCCAGAGCUAUGACUCACAUUAAGGAGUCCAAGCCAACCCAAAAAGGCAAAAUGAAGCCUUAGCAACUCGCAGCACCCCAGAGUGCUAGCAAUGUGACUUGUCCCCUUUGUCAGGACCACACAGAGCCCGUGCAGAGGCCUUUCAGAGGGCCUCACUCUGGGUCCAGCUCCACGAGGCACAAUGAACAGUAACUUCUGCCGAGCUCUGGUGGACCGUGGGCCCCCGGGGGGCAUGCAGCUAGGUGUCGUGGCCCCUGCUGGACAGACGCCGCUGGCAGCCACCGAACCCUUGAGCAACGUACCCUUUCUAUUGUACCCCGGCCACUCCGAGCCGCCUUACUACGACGCCUACACUGGGGUGUUCCCCUACGUGCCCUUUCCCGGCGCCUUCGGGGUUUACGACUACCCGUUCGAGCCUGCCUUCAUCCAGAAGCGCAACGAGCGAGAGCGGCAGCGCGUCAAGUGCGUGAAUGAGGGCUACGCGCGCCUCCGCGGCCACCUCCCCGGCGCCCUGACUGAGAAGCGGCUCAGCAAGGUGGAGACACUGCGCGCCGCCAUCCGCUACAUCAAGUACCUGCAGGAGCUGUUGAGCGCCACCCCCGACGGCGCGCCACCUCCCGCCACCUCCCCGCCGCCCGCCCACACGGGCCACAGCAACGUGCCGCAGCCCUCUUCCUUGGUGGCCGAGUCCAGUGGAUCCCCCUUUUCCUCGUCGCCUUUUUUGGAGUCGGAGGAACCCAGCCUUUGAUCUGGCCAGAGGCCUGGACUUGCCCCUCUAGGGAACAGCUUUGGGGGCUUCUGGGUCAUCUGUGCGGGACAAAGAACAGUGGUGUUCGAGGUCUGUGAUCCCACCUCCACCCACUUGAGCCAGAUGUGAGGGCCUGGGGUAGAGAUGGCGAGAUACGGAUCCCAGGAGCUGAUGUCUGCGGUGAGGAGCAGAGCCCUGGACAGCUCCUGGACCAGCCUCAGCGAAGCUCUGCUGUCCACCACACCAAGUCCCCUGGAAGUCAGCCACACUUUCUGUUAUGCCUGAACCUUCCACAAGAUGGCCUCAAAUACUAGCGAGGAGCUUGAUGGCCUCUAAAGAGCAGGAAUUCUGAGGGAGGGACGAGGGAAGUGAAGACAGGCAGCUGCUUGCAUUCAGCACCCUGGAGCUGACAGACUUAGGGGAAGUGUGUGUGUGUGUGUGUGUGUGUGUGUGUGUGUGUGUGUGUGUGAGAGAGAGAGAGAGAGAGAGAGAGAGAGAGAGAGAGAGAGAGAGAGAGAGAGAGAGAGGGAGGGAGAGGUCGCUGGUGCCCAUUGGCUUCCUUGACAGCGAGUGAUCACCUCCCCUCUCCCACCCUUCAGUCUCUUCUGGACUUAACGCCUCCCCCACCCCAAGACUUGUAAGCUUCUAGGGUCCACUGACAUUGUGUUUACAUCAAGGACUAAAUAAAAAGGGAUUGUUGAA